AACUGUGGAAUGUUGUAAUAGUACAAGUCUUUUCAAUGUAAAGACUAAUGUCCGAGACCUUUUGUCCCUUUCGUUCCGCCAUAUCUGAUGUUGAUCACAUGACCCCCAUGUGACAAGCCUGGGCCGCUACCCUUUCCUCAGCACGAUAAUAUUUUUUUUAGCUACCCGUUUAAUGAAAAUCCCACCUCCUGCACAGGGAUUCGCGUACCCUGGCGUGCCGAUAACUGUUAACCAAUCCAAAACAAAAACCGGGGCAGUAUUAACCAAUCACACACAGGAGGCGUGGUUUGCCAUAAUACAGGUAGGGGAAAAAUAACUCUCAGUCUGACCCAGUUGGAGUUACCUUAUUACGAGCUGUCAGAUAUUUACGGCCAAAAGUAGCCAUUGAAGGACCUCGAGAUUUAUUUACUUUGGUAAGAUAUCCAUUGUCACCGAGGACGCUCGUUUGUGUGAGAUUUCCUGUGCAAAUGUUUGUCACCCCCUGAUCUUGGUCAUACAACAAUGGAGAGGCUCCGGGUUGUUCAGGUGUGGCACGAUCUACCAAUGCCGUCUUCUCCACUAUAACCCACCCGGCACAUCUGUUUUGACCUCCACCGACCUCAUGGCUUCCAGUUACGCUGCUCAGUUGGACGGCUCGGCCGAGGUGAAGGAGGGCUUCCUUUGCCCGCUGUGUCUGAAAGACCUGCAGUCCUUCUACCAGCUGCAGGAUCACUACGAAGAAGCGCACUCCGGAGACAACCGCCAUGUCAGCGGCCAACUCAAGAGCCUGGUGCAGAAAGCAAAGAAAGCUAAAGACAAACUACUGAAACGGGAUGGUGACGAGAGAACCGAGAGCAGUUAUGAGUCCUUUUACUAUGGAGGUGUGGAUCCAUACAUGUGGGAGCCUCAAGAACUCGGAGCCACUCGGAGUCACCUGGAAAUUUUUAAGAAACACAGAGCUGCUAGGAUUGACCAUUAUGUCAUUGAGGUCAACAAGCGCAUCAUCAGGUUGGAGAAGCUUAUUUCCUUUGAUAGAACCAAUAUGGAUGGUGGGAAGAUAAGAGCACUAGAGAAGUCAGUUGUGCCAUGGGUGAGCGAUCAGGACGUACCAUUCUGCCCUGAUUGUGGGGACAGGUUCAGCAUCAGGAACCGGCGUCAUCACUGUCGUCUCUGCGGUUCCAUCAUGUGCAGAAAGUGCAUGGAAUUUGUGCCUCUCCCUCUGGCGUAUAAGUUAACAAGUGGCACACGAGAGGCCCUGUGUGUGCCUGGCAGUCCCAGGCAGGGUGCAUCCCCUGGUGGAGGAGGCCCCACUGUGCAGCAGACCUCGCGGCGCGGCUCCAUCACCAGCCUCUCCUCAGUGAGCUCUGUGCUGGAGGAGAAAGACGAAGACCGAAUUCGUUGCUGCCACCACUGCAUGGACGCUCUGCUCCGUUACCAGCACAAACUGGAAGAGAAAGACCACGUGCCAGACAUUGUCAAACUCUACGAGAGGUUAAGGAUGUGCAUGGAGAAAGUGGACGAGAGGGCGCCGGAGUACAUCCGCAUGGCCGAGUCACUCAAUGCUGGCGAGACCGCCUAUGACCUAGAAACUGCUGCUGGUCUCCGGAGGGAGGUGCAGAAAUACUAUGAGCACAUUGAUGCUCUAAGUAAGAAGAUUUUGACACUUGGACUAAAAGAUGAGGUCCCACCAUAUCCAAAAGCUGUCCAGCUGCAGAAGAUGGUGCGCUACUCUGCAACGCUUUUUGUGCAGGAGAAGUUAUUGGGCCUGAUGUCCCUUCCUACAAAAGAGAAAUAUGAGGAGCUGAAAGAGAAAAGAAAAGAGGAACAGGAAAAGAAGCUCCAGCAGGAGAGACAGGUGGCCCUGGAAUCACAGAAGCGUCGAAUGGAAAUAGAGAAGAACCGUGCAACCCACAGUGCCAACGGAGACGCCCCUCGGCCCGCACCAGGCCCUCGCAUGACGAAAGGCGGUGGCUGGUUGCCUUCUUCGACUUCUCACUCGGCCAACGAACUGGACGACCCUCUGCUGCAGCAGAUAAACAACAUCGAAUCGUUCCUCCAGCAGGCACAAGCAGCAAAUCGCACCGAUGAGGCAGCCAUGUUAGAGGAGAACCUGCGACAGCUUCAGGAGGAGUUUGACGCUCAGCAGAUGAGCCGAGCCAUUAAGCUUUCCCAACGUCAAGCCCAGGAGGAGGACCUACAAAGAAGCCAGAUCCUUCAUCUCCAGCAGAGAGAGCUGGAGAGCGAAAUAUCCAGAAUGGACUCUUCAGAUUUGGGGGAUUCAAAGAAUGUUGAAGAACACUGGGAAAAAGAAGGCGAGAGUGAGUGGGAUUUGGAAACAAGUCCACAACACAAGACUUUGUCGAUAAACUCAUUUCCACGUUUGCCGGGCAGUUCGCCACCUUUACAGCGAGAUGAAUGCACUACAAUUUCCCCUGACGGAGAGGCUUCACUAAAUCCGUUUGAUGAAGAAGAUGCCACUCCGGUUGAGGAAGACUCCACAAACCCUUUUAUUGAAGAGAUCCAGAGAGAGCAGCAGCAGAAACCUGUUGGAAAACCCAAAGAAUACAACCCUUUCGAGGAAGGUGAGGAUGAAGUGCAGGAAGAAGAUGCGGGGAAAAAACGUUCUUCCAGAAAUCCCUUUGAGGACGAUAUUGAGGACCGUGUAAAAGGUAACAGAGCAGGCGAGACGCCAUCCGCCUCAACCAAUCCCUUUGAAGAUGAUGAUGACAGUCCAGCACUGGACGACAUGAUCGAGGAAGAGCUGUUGCUUCAGCAGAUCGAUAACAUCCGCGCAUACAUAUUUGAUGCCAAGCUCAGCGGACGCACAGAUGAAGUCGAGCUGCUGUCCCAAAACCUGAGGGAGCUACAGUGCACUUUACAGGAGCAGAAAAGAAAAGUGCACUGACCACUGUGUCGAUUUGUUUCCCUCUUACAAGUACUGUUUUUUUUCUUCUGUUGGGAUCAGGACACUGGAAGUAAAGAUGCAUUUUAAGUGUUGUAUGUUUCGCCAUUUGUUUCAGUCGCUAGUACUGGCUGAUGGCAUGCACCUAUCACUGACAUACCUAAAGCUGAAGAAAGCUGAAAAAAAACAAAGACUUAGACGCUAACAUUUAUACAUAGAAUUUCUAAAUGUUAGUCAUACAUGAACACACCAUUUUGUCAUUAUCUUGGUUAUAUUAGGUCAUAAAGAUGUUUAUUUUAGCUCUAAGGUUUAUCGGGCCUCAUUUAUCACUCUUUAAGUGAAGUGUGUAAAUGUUUUCGUAGACCAAACCGAACUAAAAAUGCCUUCCAAGAUUGACAAUUUUUGAUAACACUAUUUUUUUUUUUUUCCAUAUUUACGUGCACAUGUUGAUAAAUGCGUUCACAGCGGAGACGAUUUACACUUCGUGACACCCCAAGACUAAAUGUAAAGCUCACAGGGUGCUGAAAAACAACAAAAUGACGACUAAACAGCAAGUGCACCUUCUAAGAGCAGAGCACGCUAAAUCUACCAGUAAUGCAGCUCAGCCACUGCAGCGCACACACUAAGGCCUGUUAUAUACUGUACUCCACGCAAACCAGCACAUGCAACAACAAAAUGGGGCUCCACAAGGAGUGUUCCUGGGCUACGCGUGUAGAAAUUGUGUAUGGUCAAAAUGUGUACCACGACGCAUUGUUCCACACGAUGGCAAUAGCGUCGCUGUAUAUGAACAGAAGAACGCGUUUCCGUAAAUAGUAGCCAUUUCAAAUCUCUGUUCUGCUGUUACCUUUACUCUGAUGCCCUUUUACAGAUCAGGGCUCCAGAACGUGCGUGCUCUUGCGGUCUCGUUUGCCUACUCGAGCCGAGUACGUCACAGGCGUAACUCUUCUUAAUUAAAUAGCUAGUCUUAUUUGUCUUCAUUUAUGGAUUCGUUUUAGAUUGAUGUCUUUUCAAGUCAUUAACGUGAAAUGACAGUUAGACAAAAUCGUCAUUAAAUUAGUGUGUAAUUGAAAAUUUAUAACAACGUAAUUCUUAUAGAAAAUUUCAGCAACCAAUCACAAUUAUGCAAUUAAAAGCCUCACAUGAAUGAGUCUCCUUAUAUAUAAACCUACACAAACAUAGGAGCUUUUCUAGGACAUAAACCUGCCUUGUUUUUUUGUGUUUUUUUUUAAAUUCAUGAAUUUUUCACCCAUUUCUUGUGUAAAUGCUCCUGCAAAGACUUCGUAGGCAGUUUGAUAAAUGAGGCCCAUUGUUUGGUAAUGUUUGGGAAACUUAGGCUUAUAUGUAACACGCGUGAGCCAAACCAACAAAUCUAUGUUCUAACAUAAACAGACAUAAAGAACACACAAAGGUCACCACAAGGAAAGUGAAGGCUGACCUCAGGUUUUCCUCAUGAUGUAUAUUAUACAGGUGAUUUAUAUUUAAAGGAUACUCAAUGACUUAACAAUAUUGUCAUCAUAACACUAUUAUCAGCACAUCAGAAACGGUGCUUUCUCCAAGCGGUGCACAACAUGACCAAAUACGAUCGUGAUUAUAUUCCUCCGUGUAAAUUUGCUGAUUCAUCUUGAUCGCAAAAACGCUCACAUAGAACACGUGAUGGGUCGGGAUUGACCGAUUUGCUCGAGGGCUCAUUUGUAUGGCAGCGCAUUGCUGUUACACGAGAAGAAAAAUCUCAUCAGCAGCUCAUAAUGAUAAGAAAGCAUCUUGUUUUUACGGAAAACCAUCUCGUUAUUAUGAGAAAAAUAUCUCGAUAUUACGGGAAAGCAUCUUAUUACAAGAACCCAUCAUGUCAGCUGUGCAAUUUGUCAGAACCUAUCCAUAGGGAAAUAUGUAGGCUAUAUUGUAAAAAGGAUGUUUAUAUUGAGUUCAUAAAAUAUUUCUCUCAUAGUAAUGUUUAUUGUAAUAAGAUAUUUAUAUCAAUAAUGAGAUGUAGAGCUGGGCGAUAUAUCGCUAUAACAUCGAGAUAAGUGAUACACUUUUCUGAGAUAUCGUUGGUAUGGUGAUGUGUAUUUUUUUUAACGUUUUUAAUAAUUGCAAAUUAAAUGGUACCAUUGAUUUUGAGGUCAUUUUUUAAUAACUUUAUCCUCUUUGUCUAUGUAGGCAUUAAAGAUGAGUAUCAGCAAACUCCAGUUUAACCUGAUUUUUUUUUUUAUUAUUAUUUACUACUCUUUUGUGGGACAGUUUGUUAGCUAAAUUAUAUAUCGUGAUAUACAUCGUGCAUCAUAAAAAUGUCCUCAAGUAUCUCAUGAUAUUUUUUGUCAUAUCGCCCAGUCCUAAUGAGAUGCUUACUUGUAAUACCGAGAUGUUUUCUCUUAACUAGAUUAUUUCUAAUAGUAAAUAAUGUGUUUUAAGUAAUAAUCAUAAUUAUUGCUCUCCUCAUAAUAAGGAGACGCUGACGGUGAUUGGUUCUUGCGUGGCAGCAAAAAAUCUGAUAUCUUUGUUGGAAAGGUGUGCAUGCCAUGAUUAACAAAUGAUAUAAUGAUACACUGGGUAGCCAUUGAGUUCUGACAAGGAAAUCUGUACCAGGUGGGUAUUCAAUUUUCAAGAUCUAUGUGCCUGCUUUGUUUCCUUGACGAAUGAAAAAUGUCAAUCGAAUGCAAAGAGCCCCUUCGUGUCUGGUAUAACUGCUUACAGAUACUGUGUACAACAGUCAUGGGAACAUGCUCCACUGGUUUAACACUUGUAUGAAUAAUCUCAAGUCGUUUGCUGAAAUUAACAGAUUUUAGUUAAAAAAAAAAAAUUAAGGCAUUUUCCCAGCUUGUCAGACCCUUUCCAUCGUUUCUGAUCGAUUUCCCACAUGAACUGUUAAUGCAACUUACUGUUGUUGAAUCUGUUUGAAUAGCUUUUUGACGUCGUAUGCUGCACCUUCUGCAAUCUCUUCUUAAUUCAAUGCCGAUGUUGGAUGUCUGCUUAAAUAUUUUUUCUCCAUUUUAGUUACAAAAUGAACAAGUUGUCUAACACUAAACCAGUUGUGCACUGACAGUGCCAUCCUAUACAUUUUAGGAGAGAAUCACAAUACAUAUACAAAGUUGCUUUAACUUUGCAGUUCCAAGAUUUAUUUAUCAUGAAUAGGCAGUAUUUCAAUUUAACUGAUUACGGAGUAUCACUAAAAACACGUCUGCAUAGGGCUAAAUGCGGAAUGAGGUUGUUGUUUUUUUGGUGAUAUUUCUCUAAUAAGUAUGUAUAAAUGAUGUGUUUGUGGCUAAUGUCAGUGGAAAGUCUGGUCGCAUUUGAUGCCUGUUCACAUUCAGAAUGCAAACUCAGCACUAAUAAAACUGAUCGAGUAAGAAUAUUGCGGUCAAAUGAA